AUGUAUCUACUUGCAACAUUUACAAGUAUGUACGGUAACAUCAAAGUACUGAUCUUGGCAGAAUUCCAUCGACUUUCGGAGUUUGAUAUAGACGAACGGUUAUUAAGCUGUAUCAAGGAAUAUGGAAUGGCAUUAAUUAAACUAUCCACAAACGCCAAUGUAAUUUUAGAGGAAAUGGCUGAUGAGUCCAGUAUAGACAAUAAUACGUUUUUUAAUGAUUUUUUAGUUCAGGGAUUUAUAGGAUUAUACAAAGAUUCUGUUGCCAAAAUUUAUUUAUUUCAUGUUCAUUCAGGGUUUGCUGGUUAUAUGGCAUUAAUAUCCAUUUGUUUAUUAUUUAAUGAAGACCCGCUGAAAAUAUUUUUUCCAGUUGAAUCGAGACCAGAUAAUAUAUCUACACCUCUCAUCUUGUACGCUGGGGAAUCGGUACAUACAGCAAAUACAUUUACCAUCAUUGUGGAUGAAACAGAAGUAGCUGAAGCUUUCGAAAUUUUAUUUUCUACAUUUUAUGUUUUCAAUAUUCAGUACACUAAGAAAGCUUUGAAUUUCUAUAUGUUCAUUCAAAGAUUUGUUUUGAACAUGAAUGAUAAGACUCCUCCUCCAAGAAAAGUUUUGUCAGUAAUAACGAAACUUACAAAUAAGUAG